AUGACAUCUGAUAACGAUGUUUAUCGUUGGUAUGCAGAUGUAAUUGUCUAUCGCACAAUUGGUCCAUUGAUCGCAUUUUUUGGUAUUAUCGGUGGAAUACUCUCUCUACUUGUUUUUCGUCGAAAGACAUUAAGAAAAAAAUCUUGUUCAAUUUAUUUUUUAUUCUUGGCAUUAGCUGAUCUAUUGUGUAUGAUUUGUUGGCUUGUACAUUUUGUUUUACCAACAUAUAAUAUACAAUUACUUACUGUAUCAAAUUUCUUUUGCAAAACAUUCGUAUUUGCUAUGUAUUUUGCUUUUGAUCUUGCAAAUUAUCUUCUUACUGUAUGUUCAAUUGAUCGUGCUGUAAGUGUUUUAUUUCCACUUCAAAGUCGUCGAUUUUGUCAUAGAAAAAUGGCAUAUACAAUAACAUUUACUUUAGUUAUAAUUCUUACAUUAUUAAAUGGUCAUUUACUCUUUGGUUUUGUUAUUUUAUUAGCUAAAUCAGGUUCAACACCACCUGUUCGUUUAUGUCUACGACGUAUUGAUUCUAAAGGUUAUCAAAAAUUUUUUUCCGUUUAUGAUUCAUAUGUUGAUGUUAUUAAAACAAAUGUUAUUCCAUUUGUAAUUAUGAGUAUAUGUAAUGUAAUAAUAAUAAAUCGUGUAUGUCGAUCGACUUAUCUAAGAAAUUCAAAUGGAACUAAACGUAAUCGACAAGUAAAAUCCAAAAGAAAAUAUGAAAAAGAUCGGCAAUUAACAUUAAUGUUACUUGGAUCAUCGAUUGCUUUUCUUUUUCUAACACUUCCAACUGAAAUCGAUGAUCUUAUUAGAUCUCAUUCGGGUGUCAAAGUUGUUACUGAGAAAACUUAUCUUCUUAUCGCUAUUCUUUCGUCACUUGCGCAUCUUAAUUAUGCCGUCCAUUUUUAUAUUUAUACAUUAACAGGUGAAGUAUUUCGUCAACAAUUAGUUAAAUUAUGGCCUAUAAAUGUAACAUGGCCAUACAUAUCUGCACUUUUUCGAUGUAAACGAUCUUCUUCAUCUUCAUCAUUAACUGAAACAAAUAUUCAACAAAAACGUAUUUUUGAAAAUGAUCAAAAACCUAAUUUAGAAGUGUCACUUGUAGCAUCGAGAUGUUAUAAUGAGAGUUCCAUUUCAUAA